GAUUAGGACGAUUAGGUACUGAAUGCUUAGAUCAUGUACUUUGCUCAUGCGCAGUGAUGACUUCGGGCACGAACAGCUAUGCUUCAAGAUUUUAAACCAUAGCUCUAUCCAGUGUAUAUGAUCUAAGUGUUGAACUAUAAGAAUUGUUAACUCUUAACUUAGUUCAUUGUUGUCAGUUGUCUCGUGAAGAUGGUUGUCGCGAGUUGUGUCGUGUAUGGAAUGUAAUUUUUAAUGUUUAAAGUUCCUAUAACUUAUUGAUAUAAAAUGGAGAUGAACACAACCUACAGUGUGAAUAUAAUAAGCCAAAUUGACAAAGAAUAUAGAUCAUUUGUCGCUGUUGAAAGAUUUAAUAGUGGUUCGACUAAGUACUAUCAACAUUAUUAUACUCAACUCCUACGUUUUAACGAUUGCACAGAGUGGUUUCAACAAUUUGAUUAUCCUAUUAUUGAAACUGGAAAGGUAGUAAUUGUUGAAGUUGACAAAAACCUCGGGUUAUGGGCGCGCGGUAUCAUAUCAAAUUGUAAUAGUUGCAAUAAUUUGUGCCCUGAAGUUUAUUUAAUCGACUCUCAGAGAUUUACUGACAAAGGCAGCAUAUUUGAAUUGAGAACAUGUCCACCCAAAUUGUUGCAGCUUAUACUCCCAACUUACUAUAUUAACAUAGAUCUUUGUUUAGAUGAUGAUGAUUUAAAAACUGCAAUUGAAAUUUUGAUUAAGAAAAAUCAGUAUGGUGAAUUAAGUUUCAAUUUUACUCCGGAAUCUGUUGAAAACAAUGUUUACUCAGGAGAAUUAAUUGUAUACCAUAAAGUUAAUAAUUUGUACAUACCAUUAAAAAAGUUAUUAAAAAAUGUCCACACAAAAAAAUUGUUUGAAGAAAUUCCACUGUACAAAAACCAUCAAUAUUCAAAUUUCAAUCCAAUAGAAUUAAACUAUGUGAAAAAUAUUUUUAUACCAAGGGAACCAAGUAAUUUGGUAUUUUUAGAAAGUAAUCUAGUUUCAAGUUCCUGCGACUUAAGUUUUAUUGAUGAUUUAAGUACAAAUCUAUCAGAUAAUUCUGCCAAUGAAUUUUCCUCUAUCUCCAACUACUCUGAAAACAUUUGUUAUAGUAAUGACUCAGAUUUAGAAAUUCAAAAAUUACAAAAUAAUUGUAUUACUACAAUAGCAAAACAAAAAGUUUACUCUUCUAAUAGUUCUUUAAUGAGUAAGAGCAACUCUUCUUUACAAUCAAAAAGUUCUAAUAAUAGUAAUUGCACUAUGCCAGAAAUAAAACAAUUUAACGAUUUUAUUGUAACAAGAAUGUCUGAAUUGAAGAUAGACACAGGAUAUCAGCAAAAUAACAAGUCAAUUUCAACGCUGAAGGUAUUAGAAACACCUGAAAUACAUUUAAAAUCAAUAACCAAUGUACAACCUAUGAAUAUUAAUAUGGACGAUUCAGUGAUAUGGUGGUCUGAUGAUGAUGAUGAUGACGAUGACAACAAGAACUAAUAACCCAUUGAUUAAACUUAAUAAAAGAAUUAAUUGUUUUUAGUUGUAAGUGAACACAAAUAAUUAUAAAAGACCAAUUUUCGUUUUUGUAACAUAUACUACAAAGAAUACACCUAAUAAUAAACAAAUAUUUGUUUUGUAUUCAUA